AUGUCUGUCAAGUCUCUUUCCAACCUCUCUCUGACCGGGGGAGCAAAUCACAGCCGUUCAGAUCCCCAGGUGCCCGAGAGGAAUGUCCUGCUCGCUUCCGGGGGAAACGCGGCCGACUUGGUGAUCCGCUGUGUGAUCCCGUCCCUCUACCUGCUCAUCAUCGCGGUGGGCUUGCUGGGCAACAUCACGCUGGUGAAGAUCUUCAUCACCAACAGCGCCAUGAGGAGCGUCCCCAACAUCUUCAUCUCUAACCUGGCGGCCGGGGACGUGCUGCUGCUGCUCACCUGCGUCCCCGUGGACGCCUCGCGCUACUUGUUUGACGAGUGGGUGUUUGGCGAGGUGGGCUGCAAGCUGAUCCCAGUCAUCCAGCUCACCUCCGUAGGGGUUUCCGUGUUCACCCUCACGGCCCUCAGUGCCGACAGGUACAGAGCCAUUGUCAACCCCCUGGACAUGCAGUCGUCAGGGGCCGUGCUGUGGACCUGUGUGAAGGCUGGGGCCAUCUGGCUUGUCUCCGUGUUGUUGGCGGUUCCUGAAGCUGUGUUUUCAGAAGUGGCGCAUGUCGGGAGCUUGGAUAACAGCAGCUUCACAGCAUGUAUACCCUACCCUCAGAUGGACGAAUUACAUCCAAAGAUCCAUUCGGUGCUCAUUUUCUUGAUCUAUUUCCUCAUACCACUUGCUAUUAUUAGCGUUUAUUAUUAUCAUAUUGCAAGGACCUUGAUUAAAAGUGCACACAAUCUACCUGGAGAAUACAAUGAACAUACCAAAAAGCAGAUGGAAACACGGAAACGCCUGGCUAAAAUUGUGCUGGUCUUUGUGGGCUGCUUUGUCUUCUGUUGGUUUCCAAAUCACAUCCUCUACAUGUAUCGGUCUUUUAACUAUAAUGAGAUUGACCCAUCUCUUGGCCAUAUGAUGGUUACCUUAGUUGCCCGGGUUCUGAGUUUUUGCAAUUCUUGUGUCAAUCCAUUUGCUCUUUACCUACUCAGUGAAAGCUUCAGGAGGCAUUUCAACAGCCAGCUCCGUUGUGGGAAGAAGUCCAAUCAAGAGAGAUCAACCAGUUACCUACUCAGCUCAUCAGCAGUACGCAUGACCUCUCUCAAAAGCAAUGCUAAGAACAUGGUGACCAAUUCUGUUUUACUAAAUGGGCACAGCAUGAAGCAGGAAAUGGCACUGUGA